GUAUUAGUAGUAGCCAGUAAACUCAAAAGAAAAAGAAAAUGGAGGUAGCAAUGUCAGACAUUGCACUGCUUCUUCUAUCUCUAACAAGCUGCUUUUUAUUUCUAUAUCUAAUUACCAACCUAUUCCCUACAAGAAAAUCUCAGUCAACUUCCUCAGGGAAGCAGCUGCUUCCCCCUGGAAAAACAGACUGGCCAUUUUUCAGCGAAACCCUGGAUUUUUACUCAAAAUACCAAAAGAAUGUGGUCCAGAAAUUUGUCAUGGAAAGGUGCAAAAGGUAUUCCUCCAAGAUCUUCAAGACAUCUUUAAUCGGGCAGCCGGUUAUAGUGAUUUCGGGUGCUGAAGGGAACAAAUUUUUGUUCUCCAACCAGACAGAUUUGUUCAAGCAUUGGUUUCCAAGUUCCAUAGACAAAUUGUUUCCCAACACAAAUGAAGUCCUGGCCGAUGUUAGCAAGGUUCAGGCGAUGCGUAAGUUCCUCACGUCGAUCCUGAAAGGAGACGCACUUAGAGAACACGUACGGAUUCUCGACGCCACGAUAAAACAACAGUUGCAUACCGAUGAUUGGAAUGGUGAACAAGUGAUUAAGGUUGGUGAAAUGUCAAGGAGGUAUUCCUUCGCAACCGGAUGCAAGAUCUUUUUAGGCAUAGAGGACCAGAAAAAAGUUGAUGGACUUGAAGAGCUUAUAAAACUCAUUUUAAUCGGCCUCACUUCCAUACCCAUCAACUUUCCAGGAACCGCUUUUCAUCGCGCCAUGAAAUCGUCCAAGAAAGUAUUCAAACAGAUUGAUGCAGAAAUCAGGCAGAGGAAGAUUGAGUACAAUAUGGGUGAUCAAGCGGCUUCUUCCGGCGCCAGAAACGACUUCGUGUCAUACUUGGUUCAAUCCACGCGUGAUCAUGGCCUAUUCCUCACUGAUGUCCAAAUUGCUACUUUGUUAACAGGUUUACUUAUCGGAUCCUAUUGGGGUAUUCAUGCCACAAUCACCAACGUCUUCAAGCAUCUUGCAGACUUUCCCCAAGUUUACGAUUUGGUUUUGAAAGAGCAAGAAGAAAUUUCCAGUUCAAAGGGAGCAAAUGAAACACUCCAGUGGGAAGAUGUGAGGAAAAUGAAGUAUUCAUGGAAGGUUGUUUGCGAAACCUUGAGGUUAUUUCCAACGGAGGUGGGAGGAUUCAAGGAAGCUAUCACCGAUUUCAACUAUGAAGGGUACACUAUUCCCCAAGGAUGGAAGAUACAUUGGAAUAUAAAUGCCACGCAUCAUAACCCGGAAUAUUUCCCGAAUCCUGAAAAGUUUGACCCGUCAAGAUUUGAAGGAGAUGGUCCAGCACCUUAUGCAUUUGUACCUUUUGGAGGUGGUGUUCGAAUGUGCCCCGGAAAUGAGUAUGCUAGGUCUGCCAUACUAAUUUUUCUUCAUAAUGUGGUCACGAAUCCCGUCGGGAAAAAGACAUUCCCAGUGAAUCGAAUCAAUGCAUGAUCAACUUUGAACUUCGUUUCCAUCCUCACAUAAAUAAGCCCUAGCUUGAUGGCUCUGUAAUUCUAGUUUGUGCGUGCCUUUGCGUCUGUACUCUUUUUUUUUUUUUUUUAAAUACAAAAAUUAUGUACUUUUACUUCUUCUUUUAUAUCCCUUUUAAAUUAAUGCACUAGCUGGCAUGGUGAAGGAGUCAUUCACAUAUGUAACGGUGCCGUUAAAUUGUUUCGAUAGUCUCCCCCCCCCC